AUGAAGAUCAAAAAAGCGUCUUCAAAGAAACUUACUCCUUUGCCACGUCAGCUGAGUGACUUAAUCAAGCAAUUGGAAACUGGACCUGAGGAAAAGAUCCCAAGUCUUGUUCAACAAUUGAUCCACUGGCCCUAUUCAAGAGGUGACCUUUUCUAUUGGGUGGCUGUCUUGGAUAGAUUCGAUGAUAUUUUAGCAAGAAUCUGUAAAGUAGAAUACAAUUUGACAGAAUUUCAAACGAGACCGUUCGAUGAUCAAACGAAGCAACUCAUUAUGUCUAUUCUCGAUCUCUCGCGUACUCUAUUCGAAAAUUGUACCAACAGAAAUAUAUACAACUCAUACGAGUAUUUAUGUUACCUAUUCAACACAUUUGAUUUGGAUAUUUUACAAAAUGUACUCCAUUUCAUGCUUCGGCCAGCACAAAGAGUUCACAACCCGAGAGCUAUUCGAUCUUCAUUUUCUAUACCGGAACAAAAAGUGUUUGAAAUGGCCCGAGGUUGGAAUCAUGUACAGCAAGCAGCAAACCUAUUACGUAUUCAAUCUACAGACUUAGAGGUUACACCCACUAUGUCGACAAUCAAUCUGCAAUUUUACCGCUCUUCAACAGCCACAAUAACGUCAUCUACAGCAGCAAUAUCUGCAUCUAAUAGCAAUAUCAAUGAGAGCACUAAAGAUGACAGCAAUGACAGCAAUGACAGCACAAAUACCCAAAAUGAAGGGCUUCAAGUGAUACAUUUAAACUUGUCAAAUGAUGAUUUGCAAAAAUCUGAUUUUGAGUUAUUUACAGAGUUGAGAAAGAAAUAUGAGAUACCAAAAGACAAUGAAUUUGAAUUGUUGAAUAGAAUUCGAAUUGCAAAAUACGUACAUCAACCGGAUAAGCGAAGACAGUUAUUAGGAAUUCGUUUAUUGUCUUUCGCUAAUAUGUGUUAUAUUACUACAGAAACGACCAUUCAAAACAAAGUCCUAAUAUAUGAACCUUAUCUAAUUCAACAGAUAGGCGAGCUUAUUGUCCCUGAAAAAAAUGUAGAUGUCGCCAUCCAAACUUUUGCUUUAUAUGCUCUGGAAGGAAUUGUACGCCAUAGAGGUAAAUUGGCUGACGUUCUUACAGCUGUGAACGCAUCUGCCAAUCACGGCACAUUGAUGCAAAUCCUUCGCAAGAUCAGCAAUCAGAGUCGAGAGCAAUUAAAACAGCAGGAAUCAACAUCUUUAUUAUAUCAACAGUACUUUUUGGAUUCAUUAUUUUCAUUCCUCUCUUAUUUAUUACAAACUCAACCUGGUGGACAAAUGUUGAUGUCUGCGGGCAUUAUUCCCAUUACUGUGCAGAUUGUUGCUAACUCUCAGUACAUGCAGAUCAAGAAUAUUGCGAAGGUAGUUGGGUUGAUUGAUACGCUUGUUAAUGGAUUUACAUCUUCAUUUUCGGCUUUUUGUAACGUAAACGGUUUGGAUAUUCUAUUGACACGCAUCAAGGUGGAAACCGAAACAGUCAAAGACAGCGUAAAAAUGGAAGAAAUCAACGAUGGUAUUGUUCCUCAUGAUAGAAUAUCAGCUAUUAAAGCAAUGCUUAAAUUCUUGUUACGAAUGAUGGAAGCUUCAGGCACCGCUGAUGGUUUACGUAAUUUGAUUGAUUCUACUUUACCGCACUCUUUGAGAAUCAUCAUGGAAAACCCCAAAAUUUUUGGCAACAGUAUUUUCGCUCUUGCUACCAACGUCACCACUACAUUUAUUCAUAAUGAGCCCACUUCUUUACCUAUUCUACAAGAAGCCAAAUUACCUCAAAGCUUUUUGCAAACAAUAUCCACGUACGAACAACCCAAUAAUGAAGUGAUGAUGGCUGCUGUCAACGCUUUUGGAGCCAUGUGUCUCAAUGCCCAGGGUUUAGAUAUGUUCAAUACGAUUCAGCCUCUUACUCAUUUCUUUGAUUUAAUGACAGCACCUGACUUCAUCAGAAACCCUAUUGAUCUGGACAGUUCAACUGCAUUAGGAUCAACCCUCGAUGAAUUGAUUCGGCAUCACCCUUCAUUGAAGCCGAACAUUUUCAAGUGUGUAACAGCAAUGAUAAAAAAAGUAAUUGAUAUGGGGAAUGAUAUGCAAGGCAUUGGAAAACCGAAAGACGAUAAGCAUCUAAUUCAAGUGCGCACUUUAUCAAACAGCACAGAAACCACUAUGCAGGACACAAAUGAGGAGAAUGUCAAAGAUGAAAAGGUGGAUUGUUUAUUAGUUACUUUCAUUGAUCUGGUAUCAAGGUUCUUGGAAGGUUUAUUUCAAAAUCAAAGUAAUAUCAAGGAUUUUGUUGAAGAAGGCUGUCCUGAACUCUUACUUAGUUAUUACACAUUGCCUCUGUUGCCCGCUAAUUUCACCAUGGAUGUUGCCCAUGAUUCGUUGUCCUACCUUUUCCGUAUGAUCAGUGAAGUCAGUCCAUUACCCACUGUCAUGGCUAUUGCUGCCAAGAUGAAGGACUCCAUUCGAUUUUUGACAGACAAAGGUGACAAUUACCCUUCAGAAAGUAUUUUAAAGGAAUUUGUGGACGUCCAAGAGGGAGAAACUGACAAAUAUGAGCGUGGCAAUGACUUCCUUCGUCAUCUGAUUGUGUUACACGGCUAUACAGCCCUUUUCUCUAAUAUCUGUUGUUCAUCCCCUGUAACCCACGGUAAAAAUGGUGCAUCUCUUCUAAUUGAGUUCCUGGCAGAAGACAAGGAUGACAAUAUUAUUCUAUUGCUAGCCCAAUUGUGUCGUGCUGUCAGCUGGGAAAGUAUUUUGUUAAAGCAUUCUGUACCGUUUUCUUGGUAUCGUGCGAAAGCGUCUUCAUACGUCUACUCGGGAUUAAAGAAAGGGCCUGGUGUGUUUGACCGUCCCUUAGGCAUUUCCAGCAGCAAUAACGACAACGAAGAUGCCACGGUUUCACUUAGAGAUAAUGCUGAGAACGAUGUUCAAAAUGAAUCUGCUGAACCAUCGUCGACUAAUGAAAGCGGUGAGAAUGAGAAUGAUAUAAUCUCACAAGAGACCACUGAAGAAUCGUUGGAAGCUAAAGCUUCUACAUCAACAACUGCGGAUACGACAAAGAAAGUACCGCCAGCAAACGAUCCUCGUAUGAUCAAUUUGAGGCAUUUUAAAGCUUUACUAUCCGAUGUUCAGACAGUCAUUAUGCCUGUUUUUCAUUCUCUCCUCAAAACUUCAGUAAGCCGUCGUGCGGGUGCUACACUUUCUAAAGCACAGACUAUGAAACUAGCAGAAUAUAUGACCGAAAUCUUAAAGACUAAUUUUACCUGGCCUCCUGUGGAACGUCAGGCAACUGCAGCCCGGUACGAUUAUCUGAAAGGCGCCUAUGAUAUGGCCUCUACGUUGCUCAGAGAUGAACGUUCUCAGACAUCUCUUCAAACUCCUUUGGCGGUUGUAUUUGAGCGACAGGGCGGUGUCGAUUUGUUACUUGAACAAUUUAAACAACAUUGGACAUCAGUGCUUUCUUUGCAAAGCGAAAUUGAAGCUUUAAGCGAUCCUAACCAAAAAACAGAGAAAAGAGAACUCAUUCUUCUCAAAAACGAUAUCAACGACGCAAUCGAAAGCCUUUUGAAAGUUCUGUUAGCGAUAAGUUCUCCCAAGUCAUUACGAGAAUCUACCUAUACCACUACAUUAACACAGAGAGAUAAGAACGCUGCAGAUUACUUUGACCCUUAUGAAUGGAUUAUCGGUCUUGAACUGAAAUUGAUGGCUCUUCAGGAUUACUUGAAGGACCCUCAGUUGAAAUCGUUUUCUAAGAACACAAGCCAACUCUUGAUCAAGCUUUUUAUACAAAUUAUGAAAGGAGAAGGUAGUUUAGUCGGUCCUCUUCUGUCCAAUACACCAGGUCAUCUGGGUAGUAAUCGAAGCGGAACAGUAGAUCCUUUCGGACUAGGCGGGCCUUUGAUGUCGUCAACUUUUAACUUGGUACGUCAACCAAUUGUCGUGGCAGAACGUAAUAUUCAAACCUUAGUUGAUAUGGGGUUCGAGAGAAGAUCGGCAGAGCAAGCUCUCAUGCGAUGCAAUAAUCAAGUCUCUCGUGCGGUGGAUUAUUUGUUUAGCCAUCCUACACCGGUGAUAAGCUCAACACCCAGCACAAGAAAUACGGGAGCCUCCACAUCAGUACAGACUGACAAUGACAAUAUUGUUGACGAUAGACAUAGUCAACAAAAUGCGGAUGAAAGCAAUCCAAACAACAACGAAGCAACUGAAGGCAAUGGUGAAGGCAAUGAUGAAAGCAAUGAAGAUCGCGUUAAUGAAGAUGAAGAUGAAGAUGACGACAAUCAUCAUGAUCAAGAUGAAGACAAUGAUUUUGCAGAUCAACCAUUAUCCAGCGAGAUGGAAGAUGUUAUUGGGAGCUUUGUGGAAUCUUUGAAUAAUUCUCGUAUGCGGCAGUUAACUGAUUCUCUUGGCUUUAAUAGCCAUGUGGAAAGCAGUGGUGGAUCAGAAACGAAUGAACGUGUCUCGGAAAAUGUCAAGAAACUGAAGACUAUCCGUCGAGAAUUAAGUGAUUCCUUGCCCUCACCAUUAUUAGAUUUGGCAGAUGCGCGUGAAGAUCUGUUAUUCGAUGUACGAGAUUUAUUAGUAGUUCUUUGCAAGCAUGAGGACGCUUCAAACAAUAAUUCAGAAAGCAAUUCCGAUAAGGAUAACAAAGCACAAGAUUUUAUUUCAGUGAAGAUAGUAACAAUGCUUAUGGAUAAAAUAUGUCAAGUAUGUCACGAUACAAGCAAGUCAGUUUUAGUGAGUCGUCGAUUCCGAUUGUUAGCUUUGUUAUUGCGCGAAUCUCCCAUCCAAAAUAUCAUGGAGCAGCUUAGACAUCGUUUCGCUUCCUUAUUUGGCAUGUUUGAUGCCUUUGCUAAUAGUUUUAAUAAUCCAGAUGAGCCUUUGCCUGCUUGGACAGCCACUCUCUUUUUAGUUUUGGAAGCAUUUAUUGCUCAAACUGAUGAACCAAGGAAAGCAAAACUGAACAACCAUUCUCAAUCUAGUAUGUUUGUCUCAUCUGAUGACGAAGAAGGAAGCUCUCAAUUUGAAGAUGCGAACGGCCACGACGACAAUGAAAGUGAAGCAGACGAUCCUAUGGAAGAUGUUGAAGCUACAACACCUGAUGCUACAGCAGCAAUUAGGGGUUCAGAAAGUGCUGCGACAAAUGUGGAAGAAGCAACAGCUGAGCAGGAUGGUAAUGUUACACCUGAACAUCGUACCAAGUUUCUGGAAAUUUGUGUGACCUUGUUGCGUAAAAGAAACUUGUCCCGUGAUGAUAUUUAUGCUAUUUUACGUAUGGUGGUACGCUUAACCAAAGAUUAUGAUUCAGCUCUUCGUUUCGUCGAAUUAGGCGGCGUUCCUCUUCUUUUCGCUAAACCUCGCUCUGGUUUAGAAGGGUUGCAAGGUCAACAAGCUUUCAUUAUCUUAAUUCUUCGUCAUAUCGUCGAAAGUAAAGCUGUUUUGCAAAGCAUUAUGAAGGAUAUCAUUACCAACUGGUUUACAAAUCCAAGGCCACGAUUUAUGGAUAUGAAUUCUUUUGUACGCAGUAAUGCUCAUGUGGCUCUUCGUGCUCCAUCUGUUUUCGUUAAUGUUACAACAGAUAUUUGUCGCUUAGUUCGCUAUGUAAAUUAUGAAGUUAAUCGUCAAAUCAAGUUGAGAAAACAGGAUAAAGAUGAGAAAGCUACAUCGAUUUCUGAAACUGAUAAUGGUGGAAACAGCGGCACUAAUAGUAUGGAAGCCACUCAAGCCAAACCAUCCUCCCCUUCUGAGAAGGUCGUCUAUUACCUUUUGAAUGAAGUUAUGACAGUUCGUUCCGAAGUGAUUGCCUUAAAUAAGAAAUCUACUCUAACAGACGAGGAAAAGAAACAAGAGAAUAACAAGUUCGUUUAUACUGGAUUUUUACUACAAUGCCUUGUAGAACUUAUAUCUUCCUAUCCCUCUUGUAAAUAUGAUGUUUUCAACUUCUGUAAGAAAGAAAAUGGCCAACGUACAACAACCCCUGAUGGGAAGCAUCGUCCCUUCGUAUCCAUGCUGAUCAACGACCUAUUACCUGUAAAUCAGACCCUACCUAUCACUGAUGAGAUGCGUAAACAACAUGGACUGGCUAGAUGGACAGCUUCUACUUUGGUUGCUAUGACCUUUGAAACAUCCAGUAAUGAGCUUACAGCGCAGCAAAAAAGCGAACUCCUUCAAGUGAGAAAGUAUGUCUUGGAAGCUAUCAUUCGAUCGUUGAAAGAAGCCAUUGCCUCGAAUGAAACUGCUUCCAUCAAAUACUCCAAAUAUGCUUGUUUAGCCGACCUGUGCCACCGUAUGUUGAAUGCUCGACCUAGCAGUGGUCCUACUUUGCCACGUUCCAUGGGUGGUACCGGUACUCAGACUAAUUCGAAAGAGUCCAAUUUUGAAGACGGUAUCAUGAGUAAUGCUAAAAUUAUGUUGGAUAAGAACUUUGUUGCUGUUUUGACGUCUGCUAUUAGUGAUGUGGAUAUUAACUAUCCUCAUGCCAAGUUGAUCAUUAAUAACAUGUUGAGACCCUUAGAACAAUUAACAAAGCUGGCUAUCAAACCUGAAGGUGCGAUUGAAUCGGAUGAAGAAGGUCAAGAUAAAAUGGAUACAAGCGAAGAAACUGUGCAAAUGCCGAGUACGUCUGCCGCUGAUGAUGACGAAGGAGCGCCUGACCUCUACAGAAAUUCAGCUUUAGGUAUGUAUGGCGCAGGCAGCGUGUUAGAUGAGGAUGAAUAUGACAGCGGGGAUUAUACAGAUAUGUUUGGUUCGUCCGUUGAAGAAGAAGAAGAUUAUGAUGAAGAAUCUUCAAGUGAUUUAUCGGAUAUGAGUGAAGGUGACGAGGAGAAUGGAGAAGAAGAAAUGGAGGCUAUCCUUCAUGAGCAUAGCUAUGAUGAAGAUGAUAUGGAUGAGGAUGAAAAUGAUCCUAGCGAUAUUGAUGCCGAAGCCCAAUUUAUUGAUGAGGAAAACGAAGAAGAUGAAGACGAGGAUGAUGAAGUCGAUCGAGAAAUGACUUGGCACCUGGAAGAUAUUGAUGAAGACCCUGCAAUUAUUCAUGCUGAAGCAGUCAUUGAUACUACUGACGAUAAUCAGGACGUUAGACGAACUUUAUCUGAAAUAUUUGAUGAGGAAGAAGAUAUGGACGCUCUCUCUGAAUUUGAUGAAGCUUCUGAUAAUAUGGAAAAUGAAUCUGAUAACGAGGAAGCAGAUGGAGUGAUACUGGAUCCCGAGGACCUUGAAGCAACUUUCCCCCCUCUCGAAAGUGAGGAACUAUUAAUGCUAGAAGAUCCUAUGGAACGCUCACGCACAAUCAUUCCUGCUGGUUUUAGACGUCGUUUCCCUCAUAGUAGACAUUCUCUGUUAGAAAGUGCAGUAGGUAGACCUUUCGGUGCCAUAAGAAAUGCUGGCCAAGAAGAUAUUAUCACGCAUCCACUGCUAUCUAAUAAUGCAAGCAACCAGGUUUCUGGUAGAAAUGCCAAUAAUCAGGUCUUCCAUGAAACAUUAUUUGACAGAUUCAGAAGCACUUUUGGUAGUUGGGAAGAACUUGAUGAAUUCCUUGGCGGUAGCGCGAUUAGAUUGCUGGAUGAUUUCUUAGCUCGUGCUCCUUCAUCCGUUCGAAGAGCACAAAUACGUGGCAUUGAAAUAGGAACAGAAGGUGGGCCUAUGCGUGCCCUCCUCGAACCUCCACAACCGCUGGUGUCGCACACUCACUCUGAUACUGCUGGUUCCGAUACAGCCAACAACCAACAGUUACAAGAAAGUCUUGCAGUCUUGCAAAACUUCCAACCCAUGUCUUCCUGUGAACGUUGGGGACAAGAGGCGCGUAUGAUGUAUGGUUCAAAUUUUAAUGAUAAGGCUUUGAAGUUAGUAAAUGAGCUUCUCAAUAUUUUGGCACCUAUUGCUCUUGAAGACGAGCAAAAAGCGCGUGCGGAGGAAGAAAAGAAACGACAAGAACAAAGACGCAAAGAUGAAGAAGAACGUCAAAAGGCCGAGCAAGAAAAGCGGCUAGCUGAAAAGGAACGUAAGUCUGCUGAAGCUGAAGCCGCAGCUAAUGCUGUUGCUGAAUCCUCUUCGACGGCUGAAAAUGCUAACAAUACAGCAGAAAAUAAUACAACCACAGAGGGUACAACUGACGAAGCUGAUACCGAACGAACCACAGUUACAGUGCACGGUGAGACAAUCGAUAUUUCUGGAACUGGUAUUGAUGUUGAAUUUUUGGAAGCUUUACCUGACGAUCUACGUGAAGAAGUUAUAAACCAACAUAUGCAGAAUCGACCUACACAAGCACAACCAACUGACGAUGAUUCAAUCAGUCCUGAAUUCCUUGAGGCAUUACCGCCUGAUAUCCGCGAAGAAGUUCUUCACCAAGAAGCGCUAGAACGGGAGCGUCGUGAACGUUUGCAACGUUUAGUCACUAAUCUUCCUAGCGCAACGGGAGAUGAAACAGAUGAUUCUACCAACGGUAGAAGAACAUCCGUUAAUGCUAAGGACAAAACAUAUAAUCAGAAGAAGAAAUCGAAGUUCCGCCGUGGAGAUGCGGCUGCACAACUCAUCGAUAAGUCUCAGCUUGGCGCAUUAGUCAGGUUGUUGUUUAUUCCUCAAAGCAUAUCUAAAACAUCCUUGAAUAGAUUGUUGCUCAACUUAUGUGAAAACGGCAAAACCAGAAGUGAUUUACUAUCAUAUCUUGUAUGUGUUCUUUAUGAUGGAAACAAUGACUUGGCAUCUGUCGACAGCAGUUUCUCCCUACUUUCGAAUGGAAAAUCGGUCAAAGCCCACCAACCCAAAUCCAGCAAGCACACUACUCCUCCUGUUUCAAUGAAUAAUGCCCCUAACUUUAUUGCACAACGUUGCCUUGAAGCCUUGACCUAUAUUGUCAUCUCAAACGAGCAGUCUUUAACUUACUUUUUGACAGAAAGCGAAGCAUUGAUCAGCCUUCGUCGCAGUUCAACGAGUAAAAAAGGCAAGAGCAAGGAAAAAAUUCCUCACACGUGGAACAAAUAUCCUAUUUUGGUGUUGAUGAGUUUGCUUGAUCGCCCUGUGUUCAUUAAUAACUCUGGCUUAAUGGAACAACUCAUGGAUUUAUUAUCUAAAAUGUGCCGUCCGUUCCCGUUAUUAGUCAAGAAAUACCAGGAGAAGUUGGAAAACAAGCAGAAAGAUCUCGAAGCUGUAGAACAAAAAAUGCCUAAACCUCCAACUAUUCCUGAAUACUAUCUCAAAUUAGUUGUUCAUGUGCUAACAAAUGGUGAAUGUUCCAGCAAAACUUUCCAAAGCACUCUGAACGCCAUAUCCCAUUUGUCAGCCCUUGAUGGUGCACUAAAGACUAUUGUAACUGAACUUAUGGAGGAUGCUAAACAAUCCGGAGCCGAAAUUUUGAAGGACCUCCAAAACCUGUUAGAAGUGUUGGAUACCACCAUGGCCGGUACAGAAGUGAACCCUACACUUUUAGCACCAUUUUCUGCAGCUACUUCUUAUCAAGCUAAACUGUUACGUGUGCUGAAAACACUGGACUAUAUGUUUUCUCGGAAGCCUACUGCUUUGAAGGAGACAGCCCAGGGUAAAGCUGAAGCAGAAUCACAACAAGCAGAUAAUGAAAAACGUCUUUUAGAAAUUUAUGAGCAACUUAACUUUGUGCCUUUAUGGAAAACUCUGGGCAAAUGCCUCGCUAUCAUUCGUGAGAAAGAAGAAAUGAUUAAUGUUGCUACUGUUCUUUUGCCAUUGAUUGAAUCGUUUAUGGUUAUCUCUAAGUGCGCAGCUGAAAGAGGCCAAAAUGUAGAAAAGGCAGGUAAUCAAGCUGCUGAUUUGAAACCCUCUGCAUCCGAAGCUCCAGGAGAGACCUUCUUUUUCGAAUUUACUGAACGCCAUAAAAAGGUUUUGAAUAUUAUGGUUCGAAAUAAUCCAAGCCUAAUGAGCGGCUCCUUCGCCCUAUUGGUACGCAAUCCAAAAAUGCUUGAAUUUGAUAACAAGCGCAAUUACUUUGUCCAGCAACUGCAUAAACGUACAGCUCCCAGAGAAAACUUUGGUAUGUUGCAGCUGAAUGUUCGUCGACAAUACGUCUUUGAAGAUUCGUACCAUCAACUUCAAGGUCGCAGUGGUGAUGAAAUCAAAUAUGGAAAGCUGGCCGUUCGAUUCUAUGAUGAAGAAGGUGUCGAUGCUGGCGGUGUCACUCGUGAAUGGUUCUCCGUUUUAGCGAGACAAAUGUUCGAUCCUAACUAUGCUCUUUUCAUUACAUCGGCAGCCGACAAAUUGACUUAUCAACCCAACCGUGAUUCGGCUGUCAAUCCAGACCAUUUAAGCUUUUUCAAAUUUGUUGGUCGGGUUAUUGGUAAAGCCAUUUAUGAUGGUCGCCUUUUGGACGCUUAUUUUACUCGAUCCUUUUAUAAACACAUUUUGGGACGAACAGUAGAUUAUAAGGAUGUGGAAGCUCUCGAUCCUGAAUAUUACAAGAGCUUAGUAUGGAUGCUGGAAAACGACAUUACAGAUAUCAUUGAGCAAACGUUCAGUAUAGAAACAGAUUUCUUCGGCAACAAAGAAAUUGUUGAUUUGAAGCCUGAUGGUAGAAAUAUACCAGUUACAGAAGCCAACAAGCAUGAAUAUGUAACACUCGUCAGUGAACAGAAACUGACAACAGCUAUCAAAGAUCAAAUUAAUGCUUUUGUACAAGGUUUCCAUGACAUUAUCCCUGCCCAUCUCAUUCAAAUUUUUAAUGAGCAAGAAUUGGAGCUUCUCAUUUCCGGCCUACCUGAUAUUGAUAUAGAUGAAUGGAAGAAUAACACGGAAUACCAGGGUUACACUGCUUCUUCCCCCCAGAUCCAAUGGUUCUGGCGUGCUGUAAGAAGCUUUGAUCAGGAAGAACGUGCAAAAUUAUUACAGUUUGCUACAGGUACCUCAAAGGUCCCAUUAGAAGGUUUUAGCCAACUGCAAGGUUCGGGUGGUGUUCAAAAGUUUCAAAUUCAUAAAGAUUUUGGCGGAGAGAAUCGUCUUCCAUCUGCUCAUACUUGCUUCAAUCAAAUAGACUUGCCUCAGUAUGACUCUUAUGAAAGUUUGCGUGCAAACCUUUUCAAAGCUAUCAACGAAUGUUCAACUGGCUUUGCUCUUGUAUAG